AUGGCGCCUCUGCUUCCCCACGCUAAUUUCUGGACGAGCAGGCAUGACGCUGAGGCAUUACCUUCGCCAACCAACGUCAUCCCAUUCGCUGGUCGCAUUGGUGCCAAUCAAGAGUUCUCAUUGGAAAAAAACAAUUGUACGCAAAUAGAAUUGUUGCAGAAGUUUCCGGAUGCUGCUCCGUGGAUCCCCUUACGAGAUUCCCUGUCUUUGCGACCGCUCCUAGAGGCAGUGCUGUGGAAGGCCGCUGUUGUCGAAGCUAUAGGGACGUGCUUGCUUGUAUACUUGACCUGCUUCGUCGCCGUGGGCCUGGGGCAGAUGGUGAAUGUUUUCGCGUCUGGUGCGCUUGUUCCUAGCCUCCUUGGCGGGCUAACGGCUAUCCUGAUCCUUCCUUUGUUCAUUUUCGCUACUGGACCGGUUUCUGGAGCCCACCUCAACCCGGCGAUUACUUUUGCCACAUUCUUUGCCCGUCUAGCAACGCUGCCGCGAUGCAUUCUGUACGUCGGAUUCCAGACGUUUGGAGGGGCUAUGGCAGGCUUGCUCUUGAGAGCGAGUUUCGACACAAGAUCUUUCAGCGUACCAGGUUGCUAUUUUGAUUCCACAAUAGUCUCGACGGGCAGUGCAUUCGCUAUAGAAUUCAUCACAGAUUUCGCUCUGAUCUUUUUGUCGUUCGGUGUUGGUCUUGACCCUCGACAACGCUCCGUAUUCGGGCCAGCUUUGGGCCCUAUCUUUGUCGGUCUCGUUUUGGGAAUGUGCACUUUUGUGACUGGAUUUAGUCGUGUUGGGUAUACUGGAUUCUCUGGAAACCCUGCGCGGUGCUUCGGGGCAAUGGUUGGCUCACAUUUCGCUCCUUACCAUUGGAUCUAUUGGGUCGCGCCAUUGAGUGCGUCGGCCAUCCACGGGAUGGUGUAUUAUCUUGUUCCGCCCUAUUCUCGAACGAGAGCCUCAUGUGUGAGCGGCGGCACAUAG